GCAACCCAGUCAUUCGACCCGGGUUUUCCGAUACGCCCGCGUCUGUAUUGAUAAAAACAAUUUUAUAAACACAACAAAAUUAGUUUUAGAUUGACCGAGAUGUGCAUAUCGUAGUUAGUUUUUAGUUUAAUAUUUUAGUGACCUUGAGUGAAUGUUUAGUUUUAAAAUUAGUGACAAUGUUGAGUGCGAUUAUUAUUACGUUUUUUGCGACUACCGUCACCUCUGCUGUAGUGACUGAAUCGACUAACUCAUGCAGCGCCUCCGAGUUCAAAUGUGGCGACGGCAGCUGCAUCGGCCUGAUGUCGGUCUGCGAUGGCCGACGAGACUGCAUGGACAGCAGCGAUGAGGAACGCUGCGGCGGUGUAGGAUCUAAUUCCAUGCUGUCAGACGGAGUAUUGCACCGGUGGAAGAGGCAAGCCACGUCGCGCUGUAGCAAGUCCCAAUGGCAAUGCCGCGACGGCACCUGCAUCGGCUUCGAUGGAAAAUGUGACGGCGUCAAAGACUGCCCUGAUGGCAGCGAUGAGACACACGCUUUGUGCAGGAAGAGCCACUGCCAAUCCAACUGGUUUCGCUGUACUUACGGCGCGUGUGUCGAUGGUACAGCACCGUGCAAUGGGAUCCAGGAGUGUGCUGAUAAUUCUGAUGAACUGCUGCCCAGGUGCCGCAACGAGACUAGCGAAGUCAGGGGUAAAUUCAAAUGCCUGGACGGCACCACCAUAUCCGCCUCCCUCCAUUGCGAUGGCGUCGCAGACUGCCCUGAUGGCUCGGACGAAACCGUCAGGUCCUGUGCCGGGAACGUCUGUCCAGCGUACCUGUUCCAGUGUGCCUAUGGAGCUUGUGUUGACAUGGGCUCAGACUGCAACGGGAUACAAGAAUGUGCGGAUAACUCAGACGAAUCUGAUGAGCUGUGUAACCGCACUACCACAGUCACUGUAGCACCUCCGGUGACCAAGAAGCCAGUAACAGGAGGUGCCUGUGUACUGCCACCGUACCCGGCCCACGGUACUUACGUAGUAAACGGAGUUCCCAACGCUGCCCCGGGACAAGCGUUUGACACCAUUGGCCUGAACAUCACAUGUUACCCGGGAUACGGUCUCGUCAGCAAGAAAAGAGACAGAAUAUGCCUGUACGGCCUCUGGUCGGAUGAAGUUACGGAUUGCGUGCGCUUCUGCCGCCUCAACAAAGACCCGAGUGUGGACUACCGAUGCCGCCUCACAGGCGCCGCUGAAGGCUACAGGGAGUGCGAAGACUACGAACCAGAUGGCACCAUCGUCCGCCCCGAAUGCCGAAGCCCCAACUACUAUUAUUCUGGUGUCCUGUCCGACAUGCAUUGCAUUGACGGCAGCUGGGACUACGUCGCUCGCUGCCUCCCAGAGUGUGGACUGGUAACUCCUAAGGGUGUGGAGCUGGUGAUCGGAGGCAGGCCAGCCGAGCGAGGGGAGUUGCCGUGGCACGCCGGCAUCUACAGAAAGACUUCGACCCCGUACAUGCAGAUCUGUGGGGGAUCUCUAGUCAGCGCGAAGGUCGUUAUAUCAGCCGCCCAUUGUUUCUGGAACGACACCUCGAAGGCGCAGCCGGCGUCCAACUACGCUGUGGCCAUGGGGAAGCUGUACAGACCCUGGAAUAGUCCGGGGGAUUUGGAAGUGCAGAAAUCUGACGUAGCGACCCUGAAAAUGCCAGAGCGGUUCCUGGGAGGCACCACCAACUUCCAGGACGAUAUAGCCAUCCUCCAGCUGGUCACCACCAUAGUCUACAUGCCUCAUAUCAGGCCGGUGUGCGUGGAUUUCAACGUGGUGUUCGAGAAUCGGCAGCUACAUGAGGGCAGUUUGGGAAAGGUAGCCGGGUGGGGCCUCACCGGAGAGAACGGCGAAGCCUCCCAAGUGCUGAAGGUGGUGGAGCUACCAUACAUCUCCAUCCAGGAGUGCCAGUCGGACUCCCCUUUGGACUUCAGGGAGUACAUCACGGGGGAUAAGAUCUGUGCUGGUUAUAGAAACGGAACGGCGCUAUGCAAAGGCGACAGCGGCGGUGGAUUAGCCUUCCCGGAACCUGACAAGGGGACCAUCCGGUACUACCUCCGGGGGAUCGUCUCCACCGCCCCUAACAACGACAACCUUUGCAACGCGUACUGGCUGACUACCUUCACUCAGAUCUCGCGGCACGAGCGGUUUAUAAAGGAAUACCUUUAACGCUCGACGUAUUUUUGGCUAAUAGUUGUAGUUUAACAGUUGGGGAGGGUCUGUUCAAAAACAAAGAAUUAGAUAAAAAAAUUGUUUAUGUAGUAUCCACCCCAGCAACGCACCUGUAACGCUACUGGGACUGCGGGUGACCGAAUCUAUAGUUUACAGCAGAAUUUUAAAACUACCUAAUACUUUACAUUUAAAAGAUGAAUUUUUUAUUAAACUUGAGCACAGGGCAUAAUGUGCACUGGCAGGUUUAAGAAUUUCCAUCCAAUGGGAUCUGAGAUUCAUAAACAGAUUCGAAAAAAACUGAAAUCCCUUUUGAACAGACGUUCCUCAGUUGGCACCACUGGCGAGUGACAAG